GUUGGCACCAUCAUGUGCCGGUUUGCAAAGGGUCACUUCAUGAUGCCUAAAGCUGAACAUGCACCACAGUGACCACUGUACGGAAGUGGUGUCACGUCGCAUUGUGUGUUGAGACUCUUCAGGGACCCCUCCUUGGAAGCUGGCAUAUAAAACGACUGACCCGCCCCUCCCGGACAAAUGAGAUCCAGUCCGGCCCCACGCGCCUAUGCUGCGCUUAAUGGAUGCUUCAGCAGUUCAGCAUCCUCAGCCCUGCCCAGCUCAGCGGAAUUAACACUGUGACUCGGACAAAUCUGACGACUCUCUCCUCUUCAGGCUACUAUACACCAUAUACUGUACUAGAGUGUUGCGAGAACUGCCAUGGCGAACAGAGGGCCCAGCUACGGACUGAGCCGAGAGGUGCAGGAGAAGAUUGAGCAAAAGUAUGACCAAGACCUGGAGCAGCGGUUGGUGGACUGGAUAGUUGCACAGUGUGGAGGAAACCUGGAGAGGCCACCGACAGGCAGGGAGAACUUCCAGAAAUGGCUGAUGGAUGGAACAAUCCUCUGUAGGCUUAUCAACAGCCUUUAUCCGAGGGGGAAGGAGCCCAUUAAGAAGAUCCCAGACACACAAAUGGCCUUCAAACAAAUGGAGAAGAUCUCUCAGUUCCUGCAAGCAGCUGAAGCGUAUGGAGUCACAACCACUGACAUAUUUCAAACUGUGGACCUCUGGGAAGGAAAGGACAUGGCAGCAGUGCAAAGAACUCUCAUGGCUCUGGGGAGUGUGGCUGUCACUAAGGACGAUGGUCAUUACAGAGGCGACCGAGACUGGUUCCACAGGAAAGCCCAAGGGUAUCGGCGAGAGUUCAGCCAAGAGCAACUACGCCAAGGUCAGAGUUUGAUCGGCCUGCAGAUGGGCAGCAACCGCGGGGCUUCCCAAUCUGGUAUGACGGGCUACGGUAUGCACCGUCAGAUCAUGUAGACUACUUAUGUACCUGCUCCCCUGCUUCCAGACCUUGUUUUCUACUAAUACCACAAAAGGUGUAGCCCCAAAAACCUCCAUAUCCUUUGUAGCACCUGCCAUGUUAACCUUGAUUUCCCUGGAAUUGCUGCUUUCCCUUACAGAAUGUUCUAUCUUUAAAAAAAAUGAUGUCAAAUGCUGUAGAUCUUCUUCUUCAAACUUUCUUCCUGUUCCUCUCUACCCUUUUGCCAUGUACUGUUCCCCCUCUAGCUUUGUUUAUUAUCCAUGUCCAAAUUAUUACUUAAUGUGAAACCCAACAUCAAUUUAGUCUUACAUCUUAAAAUCUCUAUACAAAACAAGCCAUCAGUGUUAUUCACAUUUUAAAUUUUAAAUACUGUAACGUGCUAUAUGCUGUUUAUAUGUAUUUAUAUAUACUUUCAUUCACAUUUAUCAUUGGUCACUGUUUUAGGAUGAUCUGUUACUGUCAAAGUAUUUAGCCUUACACCUAAUGGAACUCAAUGACUGACGAUGUCUCUGCUAUCUUGUCUGAAGACUUGUUGCAGUACCCUCUGUAACCAAAUCAACCUCAUGUUGGGACUGGUUAUGGGACAACAGAGACUGGGUCCUGAUAUAUUGGCCUCAAAUUAUAAAUGAGUUGCAUUCAUUCUGAGCCAUACCCUUGUUAUUUGUUUGUUAGAUUACAUCUUUGUCCAUGAUGUGUCCAUUUUAUGUCCACGCAAGUAAAUGUGCAGCGGUAUGUACUUGUAUGACAGUAAAGUUUCAAUAUCUGGUGCCAGGUAAAGUCAUUGCUUGAAUGUGCACUUUUAUGUAUUGUCAUGUUUAUAUUUUUAAAUACAUUUAUAUCUGAA